GUUUUCCCUCCUCCUCAUACAUCAUUUUACCUGCAGCAGCUAACCACCCGAACCCUAAAACCCAAACCCAUGGCGACUCAACCAGCCAAACAAUCCGUCCAAUGCUUCGGUCGUAAGAAAACCGCCGUCGCCGUCACACACUGCAGACGCGGCUGCGGUCUAAUCAAACUCAACGGCUCUCCCAUCGAGCUGUUCCAGCCAGAGAUCCUCAGGUUCAAGAUCUUCGAGCCAGUCCUCCUCCUAGGGAAGCACCGUUUCGCUGGCGUCGACAUGAGGAUACGUGUCAAGGGAGGUGGUCACACUUCUCAGGUCUACGCGAUUCGGCAGAGUAUCGCUAAGGCGCUUGUGGCGUUUUACCAGAAGUAUGUUGACGAGCAGUCGAAGAAGGAGGUGAAGGAUAUUUUGAUUAGGUAUGAUAGGACUUUGCUUGUGGCUGAUCCGAGGAGGUGUGAGCCGAAGAAGUUUGGUGGUCGUGGUGCUCGUUCUCGUUUCCAGAAGAGUUACCGUUAAAAACAUAUGUUGUCUUUUUCUUGUCUUAAAAUGUUUUUUUGAAGUUUGAGAGUUUGAAUUUCUUUUCAUGGUUAUUGGAUAAUGGUUACUUUGGACAAGGAAGUUAAUGUUUUUUUUAACUAUGUUUACUAUCCCAGUCUCAAUUUCGAUUUGAUGAAAUUGAUUGGUCAUUUAUAUGUGUGGGUUAGUGAAAUGAUAGGAAGUGUAGUUGAUCAAAGAGUAUUGUUUACUGGAACUUUGAUUCGUAACUAUAGUUGCAAUUUAGUUACGAAAGGUAGGAAUGAAUGUCU